AUGGAAACGCAGGACUUGACGGUGCACCUGGCGUACUUGAAGCUUGCUGACUUGAACCGCAGCGACCGCACGGAAACCUUUCUUUUCGAGUCGUCAAUCAACGGAGACUCCGUAGACAGAUACUCGUUUAUCGGGUACAAGCCCCGCAAAAUCAUCAAGACAGGCGACAACGCGGACAUCUACCUGCCAGAACACAACGGAGUGGACCCUAUCGGAAUCUUGGACGCCGAAAUGGCCAAGCACCACCAGGCACAGCUUCCUGGUUUGCCCAAGCUCAGUGGAGGUGCCGUGGGAUACAUCUCUUACGACUGCAUCAAGUACUUUGAGCCCAAGACGCGCCGUCCGUUGAAAGACACAUUGCAAGUGCCCGAGGCCGUGUUGAUGAUGUGCGACCUAAUAAUCGCCUACGACCAUGUGUUCCAGAGAUUCCAGAUCAUCAACAACUUGCAUAUUGACAGCGAUUCCAAAGACAUGGAUGUUGUCUACGCGAAGGCCGCACGUGAGAUCGAAGAGGUCGAGGCCAAGCUCAGGGAGCCCAGGGCCUGGGGCGAGUUGAACCCCGCACAGCCACCUAUCAAGCCCAACCAGACGUUCACGUCCAACAUCGGCCAGGAGGGCUACGAGAACCACGUGACCACGUUGAAGAAGCAUAUCAAGCUAGGCGACGUGAUCCAGGCCGUGCCCUCGCAGCGCGUGGCCAGACCCACGUCUUUGCACCCCUUCAACAUCUACCGCCACUUGAGAACCGUGAACCCUUCGCCAUACUUGUUUUACAUCGACUUGGUGGACUUCCAGAUCAUCGGGGCGUCUCCGGAGUUGUUGGUGCAGAGCGACCAGAACGGCAAGAUUGUCACGCACCCAAUUGCCGGAACCAUUACACGGGGCAAGACCAACGAGGAGGACGAGGCCAACGCACAAAUCUUGCGCUCGAGCUUGAAAGACCGCGCCGAGCACAUCAUGUUGGUGGACUUGGCGCGGAAUGACGUCAACAGAGUCUGCACGCCCGAGAGCAAUCUGGUGGACCGGCUCUUGACCAUCCAGCGGUUCUCGCACGUGAUGCACUUAGUCUCCGAGGUCAGCGGAACCUUGAGAGCCGACAAGACCAGAUUUGAUGCUUUCCGCUCGAUCUUUCCCGCGGGCACAGUCAGCGGGGCCCCGAAGGUCAAGGCCAUGGAGAUCAUUGGCGAGUUGGAGAAGGAGAAGAGAGGCGUGUACGCAGGAGCCGUGGGCCACUGGGGCUACGACGGCAAGACCAUGGACACGUGCAUUGCGUUGAGAACCAUGGUGUACAAGGACGGCAUUGCGUAUUUGCAGGCGGGUGGCGGCAUUGUGUUUGACAGUGACGAGUACGACGAGUACGUGGAGACCAUGAACAAAAUGAGAGCGAACAACAACACGAUUGUCGAGGCCGAGAAGAUCUGGGCGGAGAAGGUGGGCACAUCCGAGUGA